AAACCAGCUCUGGACUGUUGUGUGUAGCUAAGCGGGUGGGCGCGAUCCUCUGACGCCAGCACGCCGACAGCUCGCUCCACGUGGGCGCGCACGUUUCUGUGUUCAGUGUUAGCAGUGAUGUCUAAAGAGGAGGAUUAAACUGAGAUAUAAGCUUAUUUUCCGGUUUUAAGUGGUUAUAUUAGUCCUCUAUUCCCUCACUGUGGGCUGAGCAGGAAUUUCCUUGCGAUGAAAAUCAUGAAAAGACCAAAUAUCCUCCUUACAGGAACGCCAGGAGUUGGGAAGACCACACUCGGUAAAGAACUGGCUCAGAGGACGGGGCUGACGUACGUCAAUGUUGGAGAUUUGGCACAAGAAGGUCAGCUGUUUGACGGGUUUGAUGACGAGUACCAGUGCCCCAUUCUGGAUGAAGACAGGGUUGUGGAUGAACUGGAGGACCAAAUGACCGAUGGCGGCGUGGUCGUGGACUACCAUGGCUGCGACUUCUUUCCUGAGCGCUGGUUCGACAUAGUGUUCGUCCUCCGCACAGACAACACUAACCUCUACAACAGACUGGAGAACAGGGGUUACUCAGGGAAGAAGCUUCAGGACAAUGUUCAGUGUGAGAUCUUCCAGACCAUCUAUGAAGAGGCCAUGGGGGCUUAUAAAGAGGAGAUUGUGCACCAGCUGCCCAGCAACAGCCCUGACGACCUGGAGAAGAACCUGGAGCAGAUCAUGCAGUGGAUCGAGCAGUGGAUAAAGGACAAUAACUGAACGAGCUCCAUCCCGCAGACUCACAAACACUUCCUCCCUCUGUAGAGACGGGUUCUAAAGAGAACCGUAGACUUCGUUUCAUAUUUGACCAUCUUAACGGAGUUAUCCAGAGCUCCUGCUGUUACAUAGCUCCUCAGAAAGCUUGUGUAGUGCGCUCUCACUGCUCUGAUGAAUUGUUAAAGGCAGGGGUCUGAAAUGAGCUAAACACCAUUCCAUAACAUGGAGAAAAUAAAUUUUUUCUACUGUU